AUAAUUCUUUAUAAAAAGUAUGUAUUGAAAAUUUAGUCAUGACAAAGUUUUACUUUUAAAAUGUGUUCUUCAAAUCUGAAAUAUCUAAAUUUACUAAUAAAAAAAUAAAGAAAAGUAUGGAGUGCCACGAUUCAGAUGCUACUGAUACACAGUUUAAUUUGAUUGCCAAAAAGAUAGCAGAAGAAUGUCGUGAUAUUGUGGACGAGAAACCUCCGAUACCACCUUGUGAAAGGACUAAUUUAAAACCACCAACAUUGCACACAUUUUGUAACCACAAUAUUAAUAUUCAGUACAAAUAUCAGAAUGACGACAAAAGUGGAAAACCAAAGCCGUGUGGAAUUUGUAUUAAACUAGAUGAGAAGGGUAAAAAGCAAUCACCAUGUCCGAUUUGUACAAAAAAGGAGAUGUCACGCGAAGAGAAAUUGGCUGAAGCCAUUAAAUGCAUCUCUAGCCCUUUGCCCAGGUGGUUUAAUGAACCAGAGCGUUGCGACCCAAUGAGUGUUUGCUGUCGCAUGUUAGGGGGUAUUAAAAAAUGUCCAAGAAAGGAAGACCUUUGCUCGUGUCCAGAACCAGAACCACCAUCCAAGAAAGACAAAUUUGCUGUAAAUUAUCCUCCAAACAAACUAAUUGUGUCUGCGGUACUGCAAAAUCCUAAAUGUAAGCCAAAUUUUCGAUGUCAAGGAAUUGUGAAUAAUGCUGAUUAUCACACAUUCAAGCCGGACUACAAAAAUUUACCUUUGACUGAAAAGUUCUAUUCUAAAUACGAGCAUUUGGAAAACAUCGAUACUCCGGAAGUUAGGUACUACAUAAAUGAAUUAGAAAAAAUAGAGAAUUACUUUCCGAGGAACGAAUUUUGCGUACCCCGAUAUACAAAUCAGAAUUAUGGUUGGUUGCAAAACGAAAAAAUAAGAAAUCUCGAAAAUUGUGAUGAUAAUCGUAUAAGUACUCCGAAGGUUUUACAAAAUAUGAAGUCAUUGGAAAAUAGACGCUUUGACCCCAUACAAUUGCAAUACUGCUUAUGUCAUGAUAUGAUAAAGCACAUGGAUCAUUGGAAAAUUGUUUGAAAUCGAAAUUGAGAAACGUGAAACCUUGCAGAAAAUAUACAACAUACAUACAUACAUACAUACAUAAAUAUGCAUAAAAUUUAUUAAAAUCUUUGGAAUUAAUUGAGUUUCAACUAAAUAAAUGGGAAAAAAAUUCUAAUAGAUAAAACCGAAUAAUAAAAAUUGUUUAAAUUA